CGGAAGAGGCUAGCGGGGGUCUAAGGUCACGUCGGUGUCUGUGAGUUUUCGUCUUUUUGAGUUUAAACCUGAGCGUCUCAGUCCACAGUCCUAUACGCCUAGAGUCUUGGGGUUGCUACGGACGUUAACAUUCCUGCACCCGUGCCUCUUACCUUCGGACUGACGUCUCAGGACUCACCUUGCCUGAGCAAGAAGCCCUGAAGAGGAAGAAGAGGAAAGGACACGCAGUCGGGAAUGACUCUUUCUCAGGCACAGUUGACAUUCAGGGAUGUGGCCAUAGAAUUCUCUCAGGAGGAGUGGGAAUGCCUGGACCCUGCUCAGAGGGCCUUGUACAGGGACGUGAUGUUGGAGACCUGCAGGAACCUGGUCUCCCUGGGAAUCUGUCUUUCUGAGGUGAAUAUUAUUUUCAUCUUGGAGCAGGGGAGAGAGCCCUGGCCUCUGAAGACUGAGGUGCUGGACAAGCUCCAGUGA